UUUGACUGGUACUGUAUGUGUGUGUGUGUGUUACAGGGAUUUGUGGCAGAAUGUGGAGAGCUGUGUGCGGUUCUCCUCCCAGCUGUGUGACCUGUCCGAUGCCUUCUCUGACUUUGAGCUGUACAACAUGAUCCGCCUGGGCCUCCACCAGGGCCCGGGGAGUACAGUCUGGACAGAAUCACUUGUGUUUGGCCCCAGUGAUUUCACCUUCAGCAGCCCCUCUGUCUUGGUCUCUCUGUCUGGAGAGAGGCUGUUAGUGGAGGUGCACUUACCUUGUUCUAUCAAAAAGGAGUGUCUUCCUCUGCAGAGCUGCUGUCCACUGUCAAAAUUCAUUCACCCCUGGGUCACCGUGACAGUAUAUAACCAACAGAACCCCUCUGACUACAUGACGCAGACUGGUUCGGCCCAGAAGGUGGUGUACGGGGCAGAGUUCUCAAACCUGGCCCCAGGACAGGACUACUGUGUCGUGGCUAACUUCUCAGUUGAACCCUCCACCUUCCCCCAGGCCUCGUCUCCUCCCUCCAACCCCCACUGUGUCCACCAGGCUGCCCCAGGACCAGGGUUGCAGCUAGUGUUGUUGGGGAUAGGAGUGUGUGCUGUGCUCUUCUCUCCUCUCCUUGGUCUGGCUCUGUACCGGCUGAAACAAAAACGAGAUGCAGCAACCAUAAACACACUCCCCAAGUGUCUAGCAUCUCUUCAGGCAUUCCUCCAGGACCCCCCAGAGUCCUCUUCAGACCCUGUUGACCCCAGUGACAUCCACGUGGAGGUUGUAGACGACCACAUCUCCUUCAUGUCCUCUUUUUCCAACUGUGUCUGCAUCGCGGCCCAGGCCCCAAGCCUGGGGGAUGGGUACAACAGCAAGCCCUUCCUCAGUGACUACAGGUCAGGCAACGUGCACUGGGACACUGGGGGAAUGGAGCUGGGCCUGAACUCUGGCAGCACCCUAUCCCUGCCGUGCUCCACUGUGCCUAUAGGCCUACAUAUGAACCAGUGCAGCUUAGAUUCACCUCGACAACCACAUCCAGGGCCCAAUGUGCCAACACUACCCUACCCUGGUUCUCUAUCUCUGUCAGAGGCUGUGGAGGGUCAGGGGGUCCUGCUGUGCUCAGUGAGGUUUGGGGGGGCGAGUGAGGGGGAAGGGGGUGAGAACCUGGAGGGACUACAGUGGUGUAACCUGUAGCACAUUGAACUUCAGUACUCAUAAUGCUAUGUUCAACAUAUUCCUAUGAACUCCACAGUGUUGAGAGGAGUUCAAAAACUUUAUUGACCAAAAUUGUAAUUGUGUCCACAGUUUAUAGGCAUACAUUGUCAGUUCCAACCGGACUGUGGUAUGGUCCAGCACCAUAUCAAGAUCAACCAUAACAAGUAAGGACAAUACUGGACUGUGCUAUCAUAAACAUAUACACUCUUAGAAAAAAAGGGUUUCAAAAGGGUUCUUCAGCUGUCCCCAUAGAAUAACCCUUUUUGGAACCAAAAGCGUUCUUCCUGGAACCAAAAAGGGUUAUCCUAUGGGGACAGCUGACAAACCUUUUUAGGUUAUAGAUGGCACCUAUUUCUUUCUAAGGGGGGUUUAUUAUUCUGACUCCCCUUCAUUGCCUUUGCUCUCUGCCUUGCUUCUGACUCACUGUUGGCCCAUCCCAUCUCUGGCCUGGCUCUCGCUGUCUCUUACCCGUGUCUGACACCUCAUUCUGGGGGAGGAGGGCAGAGGGUUGUGGUACAUCUCGCUCCUGCCUCAUUUUGCUGGUGGUGCACUCUUCCGGAACAUUAGGAAACCCAGGGGGGUGAGAGGGAGAGACAGGAGACAAUGAAUGGGAAACAGUGUUGUUUGGCCCCAUAGUUCUGGAACCCCCAUAGCCUUCAUAUGGCUCAUAAUAAUCUCACUGUGUCAGGGGGAUUUUGAUUCAUAGUGUUGGUCUUGGGGGUUGGAUCAUGAGUGAGUCCAAACUAAGCAGUGUGUUUGCCUGCUAAUCAUAAAUGUUACUUCUCAGGCGUCCAACAGAGAUAGCAUCUAACCUUGAACUUUUGGGGCAGCUUUUUAUGGGUUCUGCUAUAUUUGCAGUCAAUUCACUGGAAUCCUGAUUCAAGAUGGUUGCUUUGUGGCUCUUCACUAAUGUGUGCUGGCUGGCUCUGCAGCUGUGGUGGUGGUGAAGUUGGAUGGGGGAUUUAUGUGGUGUUCGACAGGGUGACCUUUUCUAAAAUGACUAAUUCAUGUGUCAGCUGAAACAGUCUCUGCUAGUGUCUAAAAGUGAAUCAAUUAUACAUUUGCUUUCCAUUCAGUGCAUACUGUUCUGUAAAUGUCAAAUUUCAUAUUUACCGGAGAGGAGACAGAAAUGUAUAUGAGAGUACAGCAGAGCUUGAAAAAUCCACCACCAACAAGCCUAAUCAAAACGCUUGAAAUGACAGAGGCUCUGCUAAAUGAGAGCAACCAUUUGAGUUCGCUUAUAAGACUUUGUUGCACAAUGCUAGAUAAGUGUAAUUGCUGAUGUUCUUUAUGUAUAAUUCACAUUCCAACACCAUGAGGGUAAAUUAUGAGUGAACAAUAAAUGUUUAUCAUUUGAA